AGCUUGGCCACUUUACCGAGGUUCAGGCGGCCAUUGUGAUGCAGCAGAUGUUUCGUGCAGUCUGGUAUAUGCACCACAACAAUCUUUGUCAUAGGGAUCUGAAGCCGGAGAACUUCCUCUUCGCAACGAAGGAGAAGAUCGAAAAGACCCACCUGAAAAUCAUUGACUUUGGCUUGGCCUAUGAGUUUAAGGCUGAUGUGCCUAUGACUACCAAAGCGGGCACGCCUUUCUAUGUAGCACCUCAGGUUUUAGAAGGGAAGUACGAUCAAGCCGCAGAUCUUUGGAGUUGCGGUGUCAUUAUGUAUGUCCUUCUAUGCGGCUAUCCCCCAUUUUGGGGUGAUACAGACAAGAAGGUUCUACAGAAGGUUUCGAAGGGCUCCUUUAGCUUUAACCCGGCAGAUUGGAAGAACGUCUCCGAGGAUGCAAAGGGUCUCAUCCGAAAUCUGCUGAAGUUCAGUCCAAAAGAGAGGAUCACUGCCGAGCAAGCGCUGAAUGCUGAAUGGGUGAAGGAUCACGCGCCCCGCGCGAACGAUGUCGCCAUCGGCAGCGGCCUGGUCGACAACCUCAGGGGCUUCCGGUCCCAGAACAAGCUCAAAAAGGCGGCACUCCAUGUCAUCGCCGGUCAAAUGACCGACUCGCAGAUCAAGGAUCUGCGUGAGACAUUCAUUGCCAUGGAUGUCAACGGUGACGGCUUGUUGACCGCGAAGGAGCUUGAAGAAGGCAUGCAGAAGGCUGGUUUGGAGAAAGUUCCGCCAGAGCUGGAUGCCAUUCUCAAGGAUGUUGACAGCAACGGUAGUGGUACCAUUGACUACACCGAGUUUCUGGCUGCAACACUUGACAGGCACAGGGAGCCAGGGCAGGUGAUCCAUUUCAAUUCAAGGAAUGGACAAGGCCUUUUGCCUGGAGUGGUGGAAGCUUCCCUCCUAGAAAAAAGAAAAAGGGGUCUAAACUCUAAACAAAGAACAUAAUUCCAUUCAGAUUGUGUAGGGUUGUGAAGUUGUGAAGAAGGUGCCCUACGAAUGAGCAAUGGUUUGUAUGGGUAGCUGUUUCAUGGGCCCAUUUGGCUGGCCAAGUGCAGUAGCCCGAAGACAGACACUCGAAAGAUUUUUCUAAAACCUUUGGACGUAAUUUUUUUGAAGGCCUCUGAGAAGAAAUAUAGUAGCAAGAAGCGGCUAGGAACAAAGGGCAUCGCUACUAGUAGCUUC